UGUACUUCUUACACUAGAAAGCAUGUUGGGAUUUGUUAUGAAAAUGAAACUUGGUGUCAUGUUUUGGCUUGUUGGUUCACAUCUCGCCUUGAGUUAUCUCUCAUCAGCUCUUCAUGUGAUGGAAGAGCGAGGAUCUAAGGGUCACCUGGUCCUCACAGAGCUAGUCGGUGUUCCUCUUCCUCCCUCUGUGUCCUUCAUCACUGGCUAUGAAGGUUUCCCCGCCUACAACUUUGGGCCUGAAGCAAAUGUUGGUAGACUGACCCAAAUCUUCGUGCCUGAGCCCUUCUUCAGGGACUUUGCCAUGAUUGUCACCCUCAGGGCCUCUGGCUCUCAGGGAGGGGUACUAUUCGCCAUCACAGAUGCUUCCCAGAAAAUUGUUCAUCUUGGGUUGGCCUUGACGCCCGUGGAGGAUAAAACCCAGAGGAUCUUAAUGUAUUACACUGAGCCAGGGGCUGCUGAAACCCAGCAGGUGGCUUCCUUUAAAGUACCUGACAUGACACAGCAGUGGAACCGCUUCACGUUGACAGUAGAGCAUGAGGAGGUCCGGCUUUAUAUGGACUGUGAGGAGUUCCAAAGCGCACCCUUGAAGAGAAGCCAGAACCCUCUCAGCUUUGAACCCGGCUCGGGCAUCUUUGUGGCGAAUGCGGGCAGGACUGGUCUGGAGAGAUUUGUGGGGUCCAUCCAACAGUUGGUAAUAAAACCAGACCCCAGGGCAGCCGAAGAGCAGUGUGAAGAAGAUGACCCUGGUGCCUCAGGGGACAGAAGUGGUGAUGGUGAUGAUGAUGAUGACGAAGAACACCAAGGCAGACAUGUGGACAUCUUUGUUGGGACAAACAAGAAAGAAAAUAAAGAAAAGCUACAUGGACCCACCUUUCCAGUACAAGCUCCACCGACUCUGUUACCUGAAGUGGAUGAAGGUGACUUCUCAGGACAUGUGACCCCUGUAAGUGAAAGGCUGUUUAGAGGGACCUACAAAACAGAAGUAACAGGGAAGAGCAGGGAUGGUUCUGGCCAGGGGCAUAAAGGGGAGCGUGGAGAACCGGGACCUCCAGGUCUUCCUGGACCCCCUGGACCGUCCUCCCCACCCAGACAUGCUGGUCAGCCUGGACUAAGAGGCCCACAAGGUCCAAUGGGCCCACCGGGACAACCAGGCAGGCCAGGAAAAGAUGGGCAGCCUGGAAGCAAAGGUGAAGAGGGACAGAGAGGACUACCAGGGAGUCCAGGAAUAUCUGGAGGAUCUGGAAUCAAAGGGGGGAAAGGUGAUUCUGGAGUGGGUCAGCCUGGACCUCCUGGUCUACCGGGACUUCCCGGACCACCAGGGCCAUCCAAACCAAUUAAAGUUCCAUAUGGAUUUGAUGCUCUGGGUUCUGGAUCUGGAGAAGUUGACAUUGAUUCUGAACUUCUAAGAGGUCCUCCAGGGCCUCCAGGAAGACCUGGACCCCCUGGUCCUAAUAGCGCCUCAGGAGGAAUGGUCCCCGGACUCACUGGCUCACCAGGUGUUCCUGGCAAAGAUGGACUAGAUGGGCUUAUCGGGAAACCUGGACUUCCUGGUGUUCCUGGUCAGGAAGGAACUCUUGGACCACAUGGACCUAAGGGAGAAAAGGGGGAACAGGGAAUAAGAGGACCCCCUGGACCAAAGGGGGAAAAUGGUUAUCCUGGAUUGAGAGGGCUUCCUGGCCCAACGGCGCCUAUUGGACCAAGGGGUGUACCAGGACCACCUGGCCCUCCUGGUCCACCAGGCAACAGCUUUAUGGACUUGGAGGGAUCCGGUGAAAGCUCUUUAUUUCUUGGGGCAAGAAUUUCGAAAGGUCACCAGGGAAUUCCUGGGCUUCCUGGCCCACCAGGACCUCCGGGACGUUCUGGUGUUGAUGGAGCACCUGGUUUGAGUAUAAAGGGUGAGCGUGGAGCUCCAGGACCUGAUGGAGUAGAAGGAUUAGCUGGGUUACCUGGAGCCAGGGGACCGAAAGGAGAAAAAAGCAGUCCCGGACAGAAGGGUGAACGAGGUCGUGAUGGACUGAACAUCACAGGGCCACCCGGGCCUCCUGGUCCACCUGGACCAAUACAAGACAUCCAGCAUCUUCUUAAUAAUGAUCCUAAGAUCCGGGGACAACCAGGCCCUGCGGGCCCUGAGGGCUUACCUGGGAGACCAGGAUUCCCUGGCCCUAGAGGACCAAAAGGUGAAAUCGGGUUUCCUGGUAUUCAAGGACCUACAGGACUGAAGGGAGAAAAGGGGGACGCAGGUGUAUCCAUAGCUGCUGAUGGCUCUUUAAUAACAGGCCUCAGAGGACCACGAGGACCAAAAGGAAGCAAGGGAGAUCGAGGGCCAGCUGGCGAAUUUGGGAUUAUAGGUCCAGUUGGACCACCAGGACAAAAAGGAGAAUACGGGAUUCCUGGUCGGCCGGGUCGGCCUGGAAUGAUUGGAGGGAAGGGGGACAAGGGAGAUGCUAGUGGUCCCCCUGGUCCACCCGGCCCACCUGGACCUCCAGGUCGAAUAACUAGCCUCAAAGGAACCGUUUUCCCAGUUCCUCCUAGACCGCACUGCAAAAAACCUAUCAACAACAGCACUUCACAAGAAGAUGAAGGAGAGUCAUUAGGAGUAAAAGGGGGGAAGGAUGAUGUGGGAUAUCCUGGGCUGCCAGAAGCUCUGGUGUCUAUGUUGCCAAAUGGUUUUGUGGGUGCUAAAGGUGAUACUGGCUACAAAGGACAAAAGGGAGAGAAAGGAGAUCCAAGUCUUCGUGGCCCUCCAGGACCACCAGGAAGAGCAGGCCUUGUGGGACCUAAAGGUGACUCUAUUGUUGGUCCUCCUGGUGAGCCUGGGGCCCGAGGCCUGCCAGGACAUCCUGGCUAUGGAAGUCCAGGCCCACAAGGACCACCAGGAGCCCCUGGGCUACCAGGUACCCCGUCAGUGUUUGGCUCAGCCGUGAGCCUUCCUGGACCUCCUGGACCUCCAGGGCCCCCUGCCCUAGUGAGCACACAUAAAAACACUCAGGAAUUGAUAGAGAACCAUCAAGUUGCUGUUGGAAAUAUGGGAUAUGUUUUAGACAGCAGUGAAUUGUACAUCAGAGUUUCACAAGGCUGGAGGAAAGUGCAGUUGGGAGAGCUGAUCCCAGUUCCUGAAAGCAAUCCCUCACCUGCUUUGACACAAGGGCUCAGCAGACCCAGCGACCGUAGUAUACCCCGAGUAAACAGCCAGCAGGAGUUAAAGAAUGAUUUGCCAAGUUACAAUAUUCUUCCACACACUGCACACCCAAUGCCAGGGUUGCACCUUGUGGCACUAAAUGCCCCAUUCUCAGGGGACAUGCGUGGAAUCCGUGGAGCAGAUUAUCAAUGUUACCAACAAGCCCGUGCCAGGGGCCUGACAUCUACUUACAGAGCGUUCCUGUCCUCUCACCUGCAAGACCUCUCGACCAUUGUCAGGAAAGGAGACCGCUUUAGCUUGCCAGUGGUGAACCUCAAAGGAGAGGUGCUUUUCAGCAGCUGGAUGGCUAUGUUUUCUGGGAACGGUGCUGUUUUUGAUCCACUUAUUCCGAUUUACUCUUUUGACGGACGAAAUGUCAUGACAGAUCAGUCUUGGCCUGAGAAGCUGGUGUGGCACGGCUCGAGCACAGCGGGCAUCCGCAUGACGACAAACUACUGCGAAGCGUGGCGGACAGGAGACAUGGCAGUGAUCGGACAGGCAUCUCUCCUGCAGACCGGCAGACUGCUCGGGCAGCACACACGUAGCUGUUCGAACCACUUCAUUGUCCUUUGCAUUGAGAACAGCUACAUGCAGGACUCCGGAAGGCACUAGACUGUUGGACUAAUGUCAUGUUCACUUUUAUACUAAUGUUCCUCUUAUACACUGCAGAUGUAGGGAGCAGCAAUUGCUGGACUGUUGGGAGGAAUAUCCAAUCUGCUCUUUUUAGAAAAAGAGGUCUUGUGAGAAAAUGGUAAUGCAAUCACGGUUCACUUGUAUUCUGAGAAUGAUGUAAAUAUGUAUAAAUCACUUAAUGACAUCGUCCAAUCUGGAACCCACAGAUUUUUAUUUAAUGGUAAGAAUACCAAAGAAUACAUCAGCCAGACAUCAACAAGCAGGAGUAGAUCCUAUUAAUACAAAUGCACCACAUCACUCUGUGUAUUCUCAGAUGGUUUAGUCCUAAAUCGAUGACUAAUAAUGGGUUUUUUGUGUGUGUGUGUGUGUAUGUGUGAAUCCUUUUACAAUUUUUUUUAUUACAAGUCAAUAGUUACAAGACCAUUUUUCAGACAGGGGUUCCUUUCGCCCAUUGGGCUGAAAGUUAAAACGUAAAUGCACUGUAUUAACCGGAUGUUUUUCC